AUGAAGAUACUUCAGCUGAGUGGCAGCAAACUUGCCUCUACCUAUCAUUUCCUGUACCGCAACUUGGCUGAUCCUUGCCUCGUUCUACCUAUCCCCACAGUGCUGGAGAGGACUGCUGCAGAGGAGACUGUGACCAGCAACUUUGCAUCCUUCAUCCAUGGAGUCCAGCCAGAGCACCUGUCUGAAGUUGUUCGUCACCGGAGCAAGAGGAUGAUCCUUGACAGCAUUGGGGUUGGCCUUGUGGGCAGCACAACUCGUGUGUUCAAUAUCGCCCUGCGGUAUUGUCAGCAGCUGUAUGCGUCAAAUGCCGUUAGCUCUGUCUAUGGCAGGAAAGGGUUAAAACUGUCCCCUACACUGGCUGCCUUCACAAAUGGAAUUGCGACUCACUCUAUGGACUUUGAUGACACCUGGCACCCUGCCACUCACCCCUCAGGGGCUGUACUGCCCGCUCUUCUGGCAGCUUCACAGAUGCUACCUCCAAGCUCCAAACCCAAUGGCCUGGACUUCUUGCUAGCAUUUAAUGUGGGCAUUGAGGUGCAAGGAAGGCUCAUGCGUUUCUCCACGGAGGCUCACAAUAUUCCUAAUAGGUUCCAUCCUCCCUCUGUGGUGGGCACCAUGGGCAGCGCAGCUGCCACAGCAAAGCUUCUUUCUCUGAAUGUGACCCAAUGCACCCAUGCCUUAGCAAUUGCUGCCUCCCUGGCAGGGGCACCGAUGGCAAAUGCAGCCACCCAAGCCAAGCCCCUGCAUAUUGGCAAUGCCACCCGCCUGGGGUUGGAAGCGGCGCUUCUGGCUGCCCGGGGAAUGGAGGCCAGCCCCCUCAUUCUGGAUGACAUCCCCGGGUGCUCUGGAUUCAGUGCGUUCUACGGCGACUAUCGGCCCAAACCGCUGCCCCUGCCAGCAAGCAGCCACAAGUUCCUCUUGGAGAAGCAAGACGUCGCUUUCAAACGUUUCCCAGCCCACCUAGGGAUGCACUGGAUUGUGGAUGCUGCCGCAUCAGUCAGGAACCUGCUCAUCAACUAUUCUGGCUCAUUCUCUCCCUCUCUGAUCCGUGCCAUUCUGCUGAGGAUCCCAGUGUCCAAGUACAUCAAUAGGCCCUUUCCAGAAUCUGAGCACCAGGCUCGACACUCCUUCCAGUUCAAUGCCUGCACUGCCCUGCUGGAUGGCGAGGUGUGCCUCAACUCCUUCACUGAUGGCUGCAUCCAUCGGCAGGAGCUGAUGGAGCUGCUGGCCAAGGUGCUGGUAGAGCACCCUGAAGACAACAUAGCCAACUUCGACAAGAUGUAUGGGGAGGUAGCACUGGCUGGAGAUGUGCUGACAGGCAGAUGUGACACUUUCUAUGGGCACUGGAGGAAGCCCCUAAGCAGAGAAUCGCUCCUGAAGAAAUUCCAAUCCAAUGCAUCUCACGUGCUCCCAGAGGACAAGGUGAACAGCAUCAUCACAACAGUGGAAAACCUGGAGAACCUGUCAGACAGCUCCCAGCUGGCCUCCAGCCUGUAAGAACACGAUGUUUGAUGAGUGAAGCAUCAUCGCAUUGGAACAUUAAUUCCCUUCUUUCAAGGACAGAAUCUUUCUAUCAUUCAAAGUGAACUGCAGAGCAAAAAUGAAGUCCAAGCACAGAUUUCAGUGCCUAAUGACCCCAAUAGCCAGGCUGUGAAAGU